CAGUAUCAUUUCCUGAACACUGGACUCUUCAUGGGAAGUCCUGCCCCCAGAGUAAAUAACACACACACACACACAGGCAGCAAAGCUUGUAGAUCAUCAAAUCAACUUCUCACACGGAUCUACAGGGACAUCGAGCACCAGAAAAAUAGAGAUUACAUUUAUUUAAAAACACCAGGGAUACCAUGGUUCGAACAUUGAACAAUAUGGCGGAGCUGAGAGGUUCUAGGUUUGGUCGUCCCUGGCCGAGGCACGGACUCAAGCUCCUUUUCUGGUUCGCCAACGAUUACAUCGUCUUUGACGACGACAACCAGAUGUUUGCAAAUUACGACCCCGAAGAGGGAGACUUCGGUUUCCAUCACUUCCGCAACAGACUUGAGUGUGAAAACAAUGUCUGCAAGAGGCUGCUUCCUGAUGAUGGCUACCCAUUCUAUGAGGUGGGCAACCUCCACCUCACAGCAUCUGAUUCCAUGCCUAAUUAUGUCAGGAAGUACAACACUGGUAACAUAGAUACCAGCAACAUGGACCGUCUCAUCAUCAGUAUGCGUCCAGACAUGACAGUGGAUAAGGUCUAUGUGACCCAGCACGAGGACCUGAGGAACUUCGACCCGGUCAACACCUAUUGCAUCAGCAGGGGGUUGCUCAUGAUCAUGUGCGGCCAUUCAUCCGCGGACAUGUCAUUGGGGUACUUCCUGGAACAGGCGGGCUAUUCCACCCACGAACCAAUUUCAAUUAUGUAUCAGGGCAUCGCCCCCAGGGAGUCUAGGGAUACCAAGAUUAAUAUAGAAGUUGAAUCCAGAGCUCCGCCCAGAGCUGCACCAGGCUUCUGGGAAAACUACUGUACCAUACUGUAACCAGGCUUCUGGGAAAGCUACUGUACCAUACUGUAACCAGGCUUCUGGGAAAGCUACUGUACCAUACUGUAACCAGGCUUCUGGGAAAGCUACUAUACCAUACUGUAACCAGGCUUCUGGGAAAGCUACUGUACCAUACUGUAACCAGGCUUCUGGGAAAGCUACUGUACCAUACUGUAACCAGGCUUCUGGGAAAGCUACUAUACCAUACUGUAACCAGGCUUCUGGGAAAGCUACUGUACCAUACAGUAACCAGGCUUCUGGGAAAGCUACUGUACCAUACUGUAGAUCAGUGUCCUUUAGUCCUGGUUCUGGGGACCCUGAAGGGGGGAACUUUUUAGUUUCUUGCCCCAGCACAUUGCAGUUCAUUAUGGUAUGUUAAUUUUCACUAAUACAUUUAGUCAUUUAUCAGACACUCUUAUCCAGAGUGACUUCAGUGCAUUAAACUAAAGGCAGAUAAACAACAACAUCCUGUAUCACAUAGGAAGUCAACUGUUUCUGUUACCAUUACUGAGAGGGUUGUUGCUGUUGGGGUCUGCUAUUGGCUAAUGUACUUCUGUAUGUUAAAAUACAAAAUACAUGCAUUUUAAUUAAAUACAUGAAAAUACA